AUGUGCUGCGGAGUUUUAGAGUGGCUAAGUAGCGACGAUGAUUCGCUAGUCCUGUACGACUGCCAAGAGGGAAAACCAAAAAGGACACUUUAUAGUAAAAAAUAUGGGGUUGAUCUCAUCAGGUAUACCCACGCAGCCAACACAGUCGUCUACAGUUCUAACAAAAUCGAUGAUACUAUCCGAUACCUGUCACUUCAUGAUAACAAAUACAUAAGAUAUUUUCCUGGGCAUAAUAAAAGAGUAACAUCACUGUCCAUGUCUCCUGUGGAUGACACAUUUAUAUCCGGCUCAUUAGAUAAAACUAUUAGAUUGUGGGAUCUGCGGUCUCCAAAUUGUCAAGGUCUGAUGCACCUGCAAGGAAAGCCAGUCUGUUCCUUUGAUCCAGAGGGGCUCAUUUUUGCUGCUGGAAUAAAUUCAGAAAUGGUGAAGCUUUACGAUCUUCGAUCAUUUGACAAGGGUCCUUUUGCAACCUUCAAACUUCAGUACGAGAGAACGUGUGAGUGGACUGGACUUAAAUUCAGCAAUGAUGGGAAACUGAUUCUUCUCGCCACAAACGGAGGAGCCCUGCGCAUCCUGGACGCUUUCAAGGGUGCUGUACUACACUCGUUUGGGGGUUACAACAACGGAAAAGCGGUAACACUCGAAGCAUCCUUCACACCGGAUUCACAGUUUGUCAUGAUCGGCUCAGAGGAUGGAAAGAUUCAUGUAUGGAAUGCAGAGAGUGGAAUGAAGGUGGCACUUUUAGACGGGAAGCACACAGGACCCAUCACCUGUCUGCAGUUCAACCCAAAGUUUAUGACAUUUGCAAGUCUGAGCCACUGUCCCACCAUGUUUCUCGCGCUGGUGGUGACGCCAGAACUGAGGGAGUUCCUGGCCCAGGCCAGAGGAGGAGCAGUGCGCCUCAUCAAAGUGGCCAUCCAGGACGAGCAGCUUGUGCUGGGGGCCUUCAGGGAACCAGAGCAGAGCUGGGAUCAGGACUAUGACCAUCUCCUGCUUCCACUCCUUGACAACCAAGAGCCAAGCUACUUCCUGUAUCGCCUGGACUCCCACAAUGCCCUGGGCUAUGAGUGGAUCUUCAUUUCGUGGUCCCCGGAUGAGUCUCCUGUCAAACAAAAGAUGCUUUAUGCUGCCACACGCGCCACCGUCAAGAAGGAGUUUGGAGGAGGCCACGUCAAGUACGAGCUUUUCGGAACAAUCGAGGAGGAUGUGUGUUUACUCGGAUACCAGCACCACGUGAUGUCAUGCUCUGGCCCCGCCCCCCUCACGAUGGCUGAACAAGAACUGCAAAGGAUCAAAAUCACAGAGGGCAGAGUUAAACAGGUGAAAGCGGAGAUCAGCAUGGACAUCAAGCAGACACUUCAGGGCUUGUCAUUUCCACUGCAGGAGUCGGCAAAGAGAGCUCUGAAUCUCCUAUCACAAAAAUGCAUUAAUUAUAUACAGUUGCGGUUGGACAUAGAAAAAGAGACGAUUGAACUGGUUCACUCCAAUCCAACAAACAUCAGAGAACUGCCCCGAAGAGUUCCCAAAGACACUCCCCGAUACCACUUGUUCCUUUACAAACACUGUCAUGAAGGAGACCAACUCGACUCUAUUGUGUUUAUCUAUUCAAUGCCUGGGUACAGCUGCAGCAUCAAAGAACGCAUGCUGUAUUCCAGUUGCAAGAGCCGGCUACUGGAUGAAGUGGAGAAAGAUUAUCAUUUGGAAAUAGCAAGAAAGCUGGAGAUCGAUGACGGCAAUGAACUGACGGAAGAGUUCCUUUACGACGAGGUCCACCCCAAACAACACGCCCACAAACAGGCCUUCGCCAAGCCCCGAGGUCCUGCGGGAAAGCGGGGCCAUAAACGCCUCAUCAGGGGCACGGGAGACGCCAUCCCGGACAGCUAG